AUGUCUCUCCCUACCAGACGCAGGAGUCGCGCUAUCCUUGCUCCGCAUGUACUCAACCCCUACGAGGAGGAUGAGGAGAUAAGUGCGGUGCAUCGCAAAAGUCGCGGUCUUGACGCCGUCUCUUCCGCGCCACCACCACCGCGGCGUGCGCCGUCAGGGGCAUUGAGGCAUCAAAAAGUGCCGUCGCCGAUACGUGUGCCGCGUACACGUGCGCCGAGGCCCUCGAAAACCGUCGUGAGGGUUGAUGCAGACGCUGUUAGUGUGUCAACUGUUGCUGACCCUGUGACAACCGUGGCGUCGUCGGCACGAGAUGCCUCUUGCCGUGAAACACAGCGGCCGUGCUCCGCGCCGUCGGUUCAGCACACACGUCACGCAUCGCUCUCCACACAUGACGUGGAUCACCGGAACGCGGGCACAACGCGUGAACUGAGUGAUGUAGGCAGUGCUAGGCGCGACGGUGAUGAUGCGGCGGAGGCGCAUCCCUCACAAACUGAGCCACAAGGCCACCAUUGGCACACACCGUUUGUCGUUCAAAGUGCAGUCACCCAAGAUAAUCCCUUUCGCACUCAGACAUUUGAGGCCUUCUGCUGCGCUCCAGAUUACACUGCACCAGCGGAUUACCGCAUCUACCAAGGUGACAACGUUGCAUCCAUGGGAUAUCAACGCACAACGGAGGGAGAAUUGCGCGAACAACGUGUUGUUGAUUCUUAUUCUCUCAGCCGAUUAGGUUCCACCACAUUCUCUCUAUCCAAAUACCUCGUCGUUGGGGCUGUCUUGGGAACCCUGCAGUCAGGCGACUGGUUUUACAAGUGGACUCAGCGUGGACGGGUGCAUGAACGGUAUGUUUGGCUGGAUGUGCAGCGUCAUUCACUGCUGUGGGGUCCGAGUCCACGCCCGGCAUUUAUUUUUCUCUCGCAUCUACGGAUAGAAUUAAUCAUCGAUGUACGCCCGGAAUGCAUGUUUGACGAGGCAACACAGCGCACGUUUUAUCGUAUUUUUUUAGUAACCGAACAACGCACCGUUGCGUUUGCCACGGAGGUGCGCGAUAAGUUUGAUGUCUGGUUUGACGCACUACAAAAAAUUGUUUUGGCCCACAACUCUUCACGACAGUGGGGCCAACUCUGGGGGUCGUCAAGCGCGGGGGAGGCGGCAGCAGCGGAAGGCAGGUGGAUCUCUCGCUGCAGCCCGGUACAUGCCGUCUUGCACGGCAAUGCAUCCAUCGGGCAGCUUGCGGGAAACGAGAAUGCCAUUAGCCACCCGCGCACUCAGGUCCUGCCAAGUGACUAG